GUGCAUUUACAGUUCUCUGAGCCUUAGACACUCUGAUUCAUAAAUUCACACGACUGCAGAUUAAUGAAGUUCUCACGUUCAUGGGAAGAGGCUGCAGAGCACAGGUAUUUGGGAAGUGACGUCACCAGCCCUGGAACGGAGGAAGGGGGGGACGAAACGUUUCGGCGAGCAAGAUGGCAGCGAAAUCCGAUGGCGUGGGGGUCGUUACCGGGUUCGCGCAGCUGGAUGAGCAGGACGAAACGGCGGCCAACGACGACGAGCUGGACAGCGCGGCCAUCCACAUCUGCCACUGCUGCAAGUCGUCGUCGUGCUACUGGGGCUGCCGGAGCGCGUGCCUGCGCUCCCUCACGAGGAAGGGGAACCGGAGAGGAGGAAGAGGAGCGGAGGAGCGCCUGUGGCUGGACUGUCUGUGGAUCGUGUUGGCCAUGCUCGUGUUCUUCUGGGACGUGGGCACGGACGUGUUGUUGGCCGUGGAUUACUACUGGAAGCGGGACUACGCGUGGUUCGGGCUCACGCUCUUUUUCGUGCUCGCUCCGUCCGUGCUCGUGCAGAUCCUCAGCUUCAGGUGGUUCGUGCAGGACUACACGGGCGGAGGCCUCGGUCCGGUGCAGGGUCUGAGCCGGAGAGCCACCGCUGGACUGAGCGCAGGCAAGUACGGCAGGCAUAGGUGCUGCCACAUCUCCAUCUGGACAUGGCAAGUGCUGGUGCAUCUCCUGCAAAUGGGCCAAGUGUGGAGAUACAUUCGGACUAUGUACCUGGGCAUCCAGAGCCGGCGUCAGACCAAACACAGACGGAGAUUCUAUUGGGCCAUGAUGUACGAGUAUGCUGAUGUCAACAUGCUUCGGCUGCUGGAGACAUUUUUGGAGAGUGCUCCCCAACUGGUGCUACAACUUUGCAUUAUGAUCCAGAAGAACCGGGCUGAGACUUUGCAGUGUGUCUCUUUAUUAGGAUCGCUGAUGUCUCUGUCCUGGGUGUUAGCUUCCUACCAUAAGCUCCUGAGGGACUCCAGAGAUGACAAGAAGAGCAUGAGCUAUCGAGGGGCACUGAUUCACAUCUUCUGGAGGCUCUUCACCAUUUCUUCACGGGUGCUCUCCUUUGCUCUCUUUGCAUCCAUCUUCCACAUCUACUUUGGCAUUUUUGUGGUGAUGCACUGGUGUGCCAUGGCCUUCUGGAUCGUGCAUGGAGGCACUGAUUUCUGCAUGUCCAAGUGGGAGGAGGUGCUCUUCAAUAUGGUAGUUGGCAUUGUCUACAUAUUCUGCUGGUUUAAUGUGAAGGAAGGUCGGACACGCUACCGGAUGAUGAUCUACUACUUUGUGGUGCUGGCCGAGAACACGGUGCUCACCUGUCUGUGGUACACCUACAGAGACCCAACCACCACGGACUCUUAUGCGGUGCCAGUCCUGUGUGGCGUUUAUCUAAGUUUUGCCUCAGGAGUGGUCUUCAUGGGCAUCUACUAUGGAGUCCUUCACCCCAUGGGCCCUAGAAUGAGGGUGCUAGCCAGCUCCUGCUGUGCCGAUCUACUGUGGGGUCUCCCUUUACCCCCUGAGGCCGAGCCAAUGGCACCAACCCCUGGUCCUCAUGCUGCACAGACAACCCCAACCCGGGCAUCUACAGCAGGUUAUGGGCAGCAGGACGACUCCACAGCAGACACCUGUCUACCAGUGUUUCAGGUGCGGUCUCCCGAACCCACCCCGCCAUUGGGUCGCCAUCGACCAGAGGGGCCGCUCAUCAAGAUCGACAUGCCCCGCAAACGUUACCCGGCCUGGGAUGCCCACUUUGUGGAUCGGCGCCUGAGAAGGACCAUUAACAUCCUGCAGUUUAUCAGCCCCUCGGCUGUAGGGAUCAGGUACAGGGAUGGGCCACUCCUCUAUGAGCUCCUGCAGUAUGAGUCCUCUCUGUGACCAUGUCCUCUCUCCUCCAUACCCAUUGUUUCUUUCUUUCUGUCCUGUUCAUUAGUCAUCAUCCAUUCCCGUCAAUUUUUUUACCUUUCAUUUAAUCAAAAGGGUUUAAAAGUUUUUUGCAAAAAAAAGUUUUGUAAUUAUUUAUUAUAAAUGAAUACUUAAAAUGUGAAAAACAACACUUGAUCUUAGUCAUUGUACAUGAUUUUCUUAUGCAAACUGUGAGUGUAUAUUUAUUUGUACAUAUGCAUUUUCUUUUUAUAUAGUCUAUUUAAAAAUGUCAACUUCCUUUAAGAGGAUGUAUAUCUUCUGUCAGUGUGUUUACAGCUAGCUGAAACCAUCACAUUGGAAAAAUGGAGGUAGAUUGACCCUGUCGAUGCUACUUUUCAGUUCUAUUCAGUUGCAGUUAUGUUUAUGUUUAGUUGUCUUCCUGUUGGUUUCCUGUUGUAAAUAGUUGUCAGUGUUUUGUAGGGUUUCCCAAUUUGCUUUGCACUUACACUGACCUCUGCAGGCAAAAGCUUAAAAUUGACAGAUUAAAAAGUGGCAUUCAUUGACUGAUUGCCUUAAAGAUACCUUAAUAAGAAAUCCUACGUUCAGAAAUGUACUUCAUGAGAUACCUCACUGACUCAUGAUAGCACAGCUUUCAUUAAAAGCUCAUAAAGUGCAUUAUGCACAGCAUGUUUAAUGUAAGUAUUAGCAGGCGCAAAGUGAAAGUUGUAGACUUUGUUGAAUACAUAUGUAAUGGACAGCUUUUGACUUAAGAAGAGCUUUCCGAAGUACUUUACAUAACAGUGAUGCCAGGUCCACUGUUUUCCUGCCAAACUGAGUAACUCUGGAGUGUAUUAUCGGUGAAUCAGUGAAUUGGUCUCAUAGCUAUUAUAAUAAUAUAGUAAUAUCUGUAAUAAUAUGAGACCAUUUAGUCAAACUGUGUAUUACUACUGCUUCAUGCAAUUUAAAAGCUGUGUGUAGGAUUUAAAAGGGAAAUAUGCUUUAGAUUUGGACUAGUUUUACUGAUCAUUGGAUGGGUUCAGAUGGGCAUUGAGGUGGAUUUGUACCGCAGACCCGGCAACCCUGCUUUGAAGUAUUGUGCUCUUGCCUUCUUAGCUGUCUGUCUACGUUGCUGCAGUAUUGUGGGAAUGGUCAGGUAGUUCUCCUCCAUUCUUCCCAGCCCCCCUCAUACAUUUCUCUGUUGGUGCUCAUUCUCAUGGUUUUCAGUCCAAUUCCCCAUUUGGACAUUAAACCAAGUAAUAAAGUUCAAAGGUGCAAAUGCUUGUCAGUGAUUCCAUAUGGAAUCAUUUGCAUACAUGUAUUUUUUUUUUUCCAGUGUUGGAUUUUUUUUUUUUUUUAAUCUUUACUUUUGUCCAAAAAAAGCUGAACUCAUGGAGCUAAAUACUUAUCUUUGCCUGAAUAUACCUGAUUGGUUUUUCCACAAACUAAGAAACCAUUGUAGUGUUUCUUUCCUGGAGAUGAGGAUGCCUUCCUAAAUCACGUCCUCUACUAUAACUUAACCACCUGUCAACAACCUUCUUACUCUGGAUAGGUGCUUACAACAAAAUAGUUUUUCUAUUGUACCUAAGCAAACAGCUUAUUGUUGGGUAUGGUGCUACAUUCUUACACAGAUCAUGUUCUUUUGUGAAAAUGCUAGGGCUGAGAAUGCUUGGUAAGACUGCUGAAUUGACAAUUGUUGUAAACUAGGGCACAUAUUUGCACCCUUUUCAUGAACAUGAACUGUUGUCUUAAAAAAAAAAAAAUCAUCCAGGCCAUUCACAUGUCUAAUUAUAGUUAAGUCAAGGAAGCUGGAACUAACAAACUCGUGAGAAGUUAAACAUCUUCUAGAUAAGUCAUGAUGCCUUAAUUUUAAAGGCACUGUUAGGCAAUGAGUUGUUUUAUCUCAAUAUUACUCCAUCCUCAUUUCCAGUUUAUUCUGUAGAUUUAAAUAUGCGUCACUUAUAUCAUGAACAUCAACACACUUCAGGUUUGGUUAGGGGUACACUGCUGUUGCUCCAUUGUGCCUGCUGUGAUCCUAAAACCCAGAUGCCAUGCAGGUGCGUCCAACAAGGUGAAGGGUUCUUGCCAGGGUUGGAAAAGGAGCUUGAGGGACAGCUUAUUAGGGUUGAGAUUACAAAUUCGCCUGAGGUAAAUGAUUUAUUUCUGUUUGUGGUUAAAAUGAUCAUUUGAAGAGGAUAUGAUGCUGUAAUUUGAGCUCUUCUAUGCUGCCUCUUUUAACACGGAUCCUUCCCUGGUUGCUGCUAGCCCUUCCCUUACAUUAGUGUAUGGCUCAGGUAUAUUCUGGUGCAGAUAUUCUACAGAUUACUACAAAUGUGCUUAUUGGGUUUUCUUUCAAAUGUUGUACGUUAAGUGAAUACAUUCACAACAUAGUACCUCUGCAUAUGGAGUAAAUACUGAAACUCAGUACUUGUUUUAGGUCACUUCAGUCCUAGAUUCUGGUUUUGUUGUUUGCUGGAGGUUUCAGCUUGUAUUUUUGCUUUUGCCAAAACCUACUCCGGGUGUAAAUAGUUGCUAAGUAUGUCCCAUGGGGAAUUGCCAUCCUCCAGGUGCUAAAACACUGUGAUUGGUUUGUUUCUUCAUCAGCAACAUCAUUUGAAUAGUUUUAUCAUUAUAAAGCAGUGUUGAGCUGAGAUUUCAGUUCCGUAAUACACUGGCAAAAUACAGUAUCCUCACCACUUUCACUGUUCUUGUGUGUAACACUGUGUAAUGAUUAUGUUCUGAAGACACCCAUUUACUUUCAGUUCUGUUUUUUUUUUUUUUUUUUUUUUGAAAUACUCUUUAUUUGGGAGUACUCACAGAUAUCUUUCUGUGAUGUCCUUUAUCUUGUUCUUCUGCUCGUAAAUCUCUCAAGCUGCAAUCUUUGUAAAGAAUGUCGUAAACUGACAAUACAGAAAAUGUGUUGAACAUGACUGAAUACUCAUUAUGCACCAGUGUGCAGCUCAGAUGCUUAAAUAAUUCUCACAUGAGCAGAUGCUUACUCUCUAUAACAGUCCCUUCUGCAUUUCUGGUAUUACGGCCCCUCUUUAUUUUAAUCUGUGGUGCUUUUAAAUAUUGCCGGUGCUUAAUGCUGCCAAGACAAACCUUUCAGCAAACAACAACGCCACUGCGCACAUUUCUUAAUGAUUUGUUUGUUUGUUUUUCACGUGCAGAAGCCGAACAUGAUACUUGUGUGUAACAUGACAUUGCAGCAGAUAGUUAAGUAUACAUUCCAGUCUUAUUGUAAUUUGCAGAAGUUGGAGAUUCUAUGGUGCAGCUGCACAGGAAGAGUCGAUCCUGUGCACAGCCCAAUAUAACUGUUCUUAAAGUGUUACAGAUACAGCAAUACUAGAUAUUUACAUCUAUUUCUUUGGAAGACAUCAUCCAAAGUGGAGGCAGGAUCUCUGGCAAACCUGGAAUUUAAACUCACAACCUUCCUGUCACUAAGCACAACUUAAUGACUAAGUGGCAUUGCAAAGUUUUUACUUGAAUUAUUUGUUAAAAAUAUGUUAGGAGCACAUUACAGACAUGCGUUGAAGCUAGAAUGUGUUGUCCAGUAUUGCUGUACUUGGUGGACUUUUGGGAACAUUAUUAUCAAGGUGCUAAAGCUGAACCGCCUUUGUAUAUUAUGGUUUAUGACGACGUAAAUAGAUUUUCAUAUAAAGCCUUACUGUAUAUUAACUGUAACAGACUGUUCAUUUAAAAACAAUACUGAACAGAAAUGUCUUGUUCACUAUAAAAUACAGAAGUACUAUUCUGUUAUCUAAAGAAAUAUAAUGUUUUUGUUUUGUUUUGUUUUGUUUUUUGCUUUAGAUAUACAUUGUGUUCCUUCUUUAAAUGCCAUUGUGACUGAACAUGCUUAUGUCCAGAAUGCUAAUGGAACAGAAUGCUAAAGCUACAGUGUAGCUUUCAGCAUGUAGGUUUGUUUUUCUGAUUAGCAGACUUCAAUAAUCUGAUGUAUUGUAUGCAUGUUUUUCUCCAUUCUCUAUGUUGCAAUGAGAUAUAAUUCACAGAUAUAAUUCAAGAUUUCAUUAUUGUAGUCCGCAUGGCCCAUUAUAAUAGAAUUAAUCUGACUUUUGUUUGAGGUCAUAUUGGCAUACCAUGUAAUUGAGUAACUUCGAAAUUGCAAGUUUAUUUGAAUUAUUAAUCAUAAUACAGUGAAUAAUUAUGUAAAAGACGGGAGUCCAAUGCCUACGUUGUCCGGGGUUGCUCUACUGGAGCAGAGAAUAGGUUUCUGAUUAUAAGAACCUGAAAAAUAUCCAUGAAAAGAUUGAACGUUCUUUACGUUUCAAAAUUAUGCAAUCUGUAAACCACUCACAUAGGCCGUAUGUAUUUUGUUAUGUACUUUUGACCUUUUUUUUUUGAAUUAGUGUGAGAGGAUAAAAAUCCCUCCAGUAGACUCUGUUUAAACUGCCUCAGAAUUCCCAGCAUGCAGUUCUACACUGAUAUAAGCACAUGGAUUGGCAACUGUGAACAAUUGUGAUAUUGUGUUAGCACUGCUCUGGCAGUGGGGGAAGAGAUAUCAGCUCAGUUAUGUGUGACUUCAACUCAUUGUGUCUGUUCAGUUCUUUAGGUUUUGGUCUUGUGCUUAUACUGCAAGUCAUAAUACCUCUGCACAUUU